GGGGGAUGUGACUGCCCUCGCUUAAUUUUCUAGGGCACACAAUCAACGGCACACAACUGUGAGACGACGGUCUCCGCAUAGUAACCAAAUUCCGACAGCUAUCGACCAAACGACCGACAAUCCAGCGCCGACGCCCCAAUCGCCAAUACCCAUUUCCCCGCGAAAUCCAACCGGUUCACCACAUCUACAAAAAUGGCCCCCAAGGGAAAGAAGGUCGAGCGCAAGGAGGAGAACAUCUCUCUCGGUCCUCAGAUCCGCGAUGGUGAGCUCGUCUUCGGAGUUGCUCGCAUCUUCGCUUCGUUCAACGACACUUUCGUUCACGUCACCGAUCUUUCUGGACGGGAAACCAUCACUCGUGUUACCGGAGGAAUGAAGGUCAAGGCCGACCGUGACGAGUCUUCUCCCUACGCCGCCAUGUUGGCUGCCCAGGAUGUCGCCGUCCGCUGCAAGGAGGUUGGCAUCACUGCCCUCCACAUCAAGAUCCGUGCUACCGGAGGUAACGGAACCAAGACCCCCGGUCCCGGUGCCCAGUCUGCUCUCCGUGCCCUGGCCCGUUCCGGAAUGAAGAUUGGACGUAUCGAGGACGUUACCCCCACUCCUUCCGACAGCACCCGCAGAAAGGGAGGUCGCCGUGGUCGUCGUCUUUAGAUGUGCGGUUGCGUUUGGUUGGGAAAAAAUGGGAUACUUUGUUGUGUGGCCACACGACUUUUUUUUCUUUUUUGUCGAUGACGUUGAACAAUCAUAAUCGAUAAAGGGAAAGUCAUCAAUCGUUUUGCAGUGCGGCGAGUGAGGGAGUUAAGGAGUUUUCGGCCAAUUGUUAGCGGUUCACGGAGAUGUCAAAGUAGGAACUGUGACACCUUCGGCUAGACUGUUCUGCUCAUGAUUCUGUGACACGCUGUGAUGAGUCGUCACGGAUUGACGGUGUUUCAUUUGCCAACGCUGGUGGG